GCUCCCGCGGGUGUGGCUGCUGAGCGUUUGCCGGGUGGUGCUUUUUGGGCGGGGCGGAGCCGGCGCCCAGCGUUGGGGGGCGGAGGCCUGGCUUCCUGCCGCGUGCCGCGGGGCCGCCUCCAGCCCGCGUUUGCCUUUUAUGGUAAUAACGCGGCCGGCCGGCGUCCUUUGUCCCCAAUCUGGGCGCGCGCCGGCGCCCCCUGGCGGCUCGAAGGCGCGGUGCGCCGGAAGUGGGUAGGGCGGGGGCGGCCGCCCGGCUCAUGGUCCUGUUCUCCCCGCAGUUUGCCAUGGAUGACGAUAUUGCUGCGCUUGUGGUCGACAACGGCUCCGGCAUGUGCAAGGCCGGCUUCGCGGGUGACGAUGCUCCCCGGGCCGUUUUCCCCUCCAUCGUGGGGCGCCCCCGGCACCAGGGCGUGAUGGUGGGCAUGGGCCAGAAGGACUCCUAUGUAGGCGACGAGGCCCAGAGCAAGAGAGGCAUCCUGACCCUCAAGUACCCCAUCGAGCACGGCAUCGUCACCAACUGGGACGACAUGGAGAAGAUCUGGCACCACACCUUCUACAACGAGCUGCGUGUGGCCCCCGAGGAACACCCCGUUCUGCUGACCGAGGCCCCUCUGAACCCUAAGGCCAACCGUGAGAAGAUGACCCAGAUCAUGUUCGAGACCUUCAACACCCCAGCCAUGUACGUGGCCAUCCAGGCUGUGCUGUCCUUGUACGCCUCUGGCCGCACCACUGGCAUCGUGAUGGACUCCGGUGAUGGGGUCACCCACACGGUGCCUAUCUACGAGGGGUACGCCCUCCCUCAUGCCAUCCUGCGUCUGGACCUGGCUGGCCGGGACCUGACGGACUACCUCAUGAAGAUCCUCACGGAGCGUGGCUACAGCUUCACCACCACGGCCGAGCGGGAAAUCGUACGUGACAUCAAGGAGAAGCUCUGCUACGUCGCCCUGGACUUCGAGCAGGAGAUGGCCACCGCGGCCUCCAGCUCCUCCCUGGAGAAGAGCUACGAGCUGCCCGACGGUCAGGUCAUCACCAUUGGCAACGAGCGGUUCCGCUGCCCUGAGGCUCUCUUCCAGCCUUCCUUCCUGGGCAUGGAAUCCUGUGGCAUCCACGAAACUACCUUCAAUUCCAUCAUGAAGUGUGACGUCGACAUCCGCAAGGACCUCUAUGCCAACACGGUGCUGUCCGGCGGGACCACCAUGUACCCGGGCAUCGCCGACAGGAUGCAGAAGGAGAUCACGGCCCUGGCUCCCAGCACCAUGAAGAUCAAGAUCAUCGCUCCCCCUGAGCGCAAGUACUCGGUGUGGAUCGGCGGCUCCAUCCUGGCCUCGCUGUCCACCUUCCAGCAGAUGUGGAUCAGCAAGCAGGAGUACGACGAGUCCGGCCCCUCCAUCGUCCACCGCAAAUGCUUCUAGGCGGACUGUUAGUUGCGUUACACCCUUUUCUUGACAAAACCUAACUUGUGCAGAAAACGAGAUGAGAUUGGCAUGGCUUUAUUUGGUUUUUUUUUUUUUUUUUUUUGUCUUUUUUGAUUUUUUUUUUUUUUUUUUUUUUUUUUUUUUUUUUUGCGCUUGACUCAGGAUUUAAAAACUGGAACGGUGAAGGUGACAGCAGUC